CCGCCGUUUGCCCCGCCCCUCGUGCGCUCGUCGCGGUCGUCCCUCUCCCAGCGCCAAGACCCGACGCUCCGCGGACGGAGGCGCCGACGGAACCGGGAGGUGGCGGGCGACAGCGGCAUGGGCCUGAGUCCCGCAGCCCGGAGGGAGCCUGCGCUCGUCCUGCCCAGCACCUCGCGCCCCCCGCGCCCAUGCGGGAAGCCCGGAGCCCGCCCGCCGCUCGGCUCGGGGACCCCCGGCUCAGGGGGACCCGCGCGGAAGCCGACGAGGCAGCGCGCGAGCGAGCAGGAACCUGGGGCCCCGCAACGCUCGUUUAGAGAGAACCCCGCACUUCACCUGGACAGCGUACCGAGUCAGCAGAGAGCGGAACUGGGUUCAGCACCCCAGCCUGGGCAUGAGGGCAAGUUAAUACAGCCAGCAGACGAGGGCAAAUCAAGACCCAGACCUGGAGACCUGAUUGAGAUUUUCCGAGUUGGCUAUGAGCACUGGGCCAUCUAUGUGGAAGAUGACUGUGUGGUCCAUCUGGCUCCCCCGAGUGAGGACUUCGAGGUUGGCAGUAUCACUUCUGUCUUUAGCAAUCGUGCAGUUGUAAAAUACAGUCGUCUGGAGGAUGUGCUGCAUGGCUGCUCUUGGACCGUCAACAACAAGCUGGAUGGGACGUACCUACCCCUGCCUGUGGACAGGAUCAUCCAGCGUACGAAGAAGAUGAUCAACAAGAUUGUGCAGUACAGCCUGAUCGAGGGGAACUGCGAGCACUUCGUUAAUAACCUCCGAUAUGGAGUGUCCAGGAGCCAGCAGGUGGAGCAUGCCCUGGUGGAAGGAGUGAAGGCAGCAGGCGCUGUGAUCUCAGCGGUGGUGGACAGCAUGAGGCCCAAAGCGCUAACUGCCCGAGGUGCUGAAAGUGUUGAGUAGGGAAGAGCUCCUGAAGAGAACGUGCCAUUGUCCUCCCCUGCCCUCCUCUUUCAGUCAGUGUACUUAAGAAAACUGUGAGCUUCUGGAAAAAUCUAGAAUGUAUCAAAUUACUCUUCUGUCAAUACAUCCAAUAUAUGAGACCCAUGGACCCAGA